CAGUAGACGAAAGCCGCUCCUUAUAAAUGUGUCAAUUCAUUCGUGGUUUUCUGACGACCUGCUGAAGAAGAGUAAAGAGACUGACAAGAGCAACCUGAGGAAGAUGUUCAAGUGACUGUAGGAGGAGAUGUGAGGAGUCUGCGUCCGUGCGUAAAAUGGAUACGGUGGCGCUUCUCUGAAGGAUUGUUGUCUCAGUUCAACUACUUCAGUACUUCAGCACAGAAGGAGAAGAAGAAGAGGAGGACACUGGACGGUCCUGUGGAUUCAUUUCCCAGCACCAUCAGAAGUCUUUACAUUGUGCUUUGGGUCGUUUUAAGUUUCCACUCCACCUGUUCGAGCUCAGUCAAAGAUGACAGAGAGGAUUCCAUGGUGGAGGGCUUUCCUGCCAAAGAGGAAGAGUGGAGGCUCCAAGGAUGCAGGUUCCAAGGACACAGGCUCUAUGGAUGCAAGCCCCUACGUUUUUGAGCCAGACUUUGAUCCUUUUGCAGUGCAGGAGAGGCCCAAAGAGCCCACCCCUGCAGCCUCCAAGACCACCGCUGAUCAGUCUGUGUCUCCAUCCGCUCCCAGCAAGAACACCAACCUGCUCAGUGAUGAAACCUUCGACGAUUCCCGCCUGGAUUCGGUCUUCAACGAGCAGACGUGUCGUAGAAACAUGAGGGUUUCACGCUCGGGUCGCUUUAAAGAGAGGAGGAGGCAACGCCAGAGCCUUCCCAUUCAGGAGAAUGACACAGAGAAUGUGGCAUCAGGGAAAGAGGACAUGCGAUGAUGGUGAGGAGGACGAGGAGCUGAUCAAAGACUGCUUUCUAAACAUGCUUGAACAGAAAGAGAAGGAGACAGAAUUCAUGAAGAUGCCUCAGUCUUUUGAGGCAUGCAUUUUGGUUGUGAUGAGGAGGAGCAUUCAACUGUUAGCCCAACGCAGCAGGAUUACAUUUACAUAUAUUUCACAUGCAGCUGAUGAAAUUAGACAAGAAUAUAGUUUUGGAUAUUCGCUGAAGGGCUUGUGCCAGACUGCUGCAGAAAGAUAACCUUUUUUUAAUGAUGGUUAAUCAACCAUUUGUCAUCAACAACAACAACCCACAGCUCAAAAGAGAAGACAAAGAAGUCAUGUAGUGAGCGCUCAGGUGCCCAGUAUAAUUAAUGUCCCACAGUGUCCAUUAUUAGCUGUGGACAGUGUCAUUAUGAUUGGACAGUUAGUCAAAUUUCAGUGUAAGACACGUACCAUGAAUGCCGUUUUCUGUUAAGACAAAGUGAGAUCUGCUUCAGGAGAUGACUGUCUAUAUGAUGUUUACAUUAUUUACAAUGCUUUUAUAACAAGAAUGUUGAUUCUAUGUGGUGAGAAGGAUGUGUAUGAAGGUGUUCAGGUUUAUUGUGUGUAGAAAAUCACUUAGUGGAAGAAAUUACAAAAUGCUUACAAACAGCUUUAAAUGCAAUGCACAAAUGUGUUUAGGAUAUGAAGGAGUUAACCCCCGCCAGCUCAAGCCUUAUGUAUUUUUAAUGAAGGAAAUAAUCUAGAACGUUUUCUAACAGUAAUGGGUCCCAAACAAAGCUAUACCGACAUUGAAGUUAAAAUGAAGUGUUCAAAUGGAUGAUGUACGGCCAAGCAGCCAAAGAACUGAUGUAGUUUGCUUAAUACAGUACAGGACUACUGUAUUUUAGAUCAUCUGUGAAUAUAAUGAAGGCAAAACAUGUGAAAUAAAUCUGAUUACUGCUGUCUUU